AUGUCUUCCUCGACGCCUCGUCGCACUCGCAAAGCUCAACUUGCAUCUUCUGGCCUAGGCUCUCACUUUCUGCCUGGCGCAGAGACGAAGCGCCGCCGACUUUUAGAUGCAAUGGAGCAACUUAUGAAGUCGCAACAUGAGGAACCACACCUGCAGUUAUCUGUUCAAGCUGCACCACCCGAUACUGUGACUACGGAACACAUGGAUGCUGACAAUCUUGUUGAAUUCCACUCCGAAGAUGUGGAUGAACAACCAUCUCUGGAGAUCUCAGUAACAUCUGUCAAACGGUGGAUCCUACCAGACCAACCCACUAAUUCACUGUAUAAAAACUGGAUUGCACUCAUACCAACCCUUGUUGAUCCGGUACUCCAGUACUUUGGACAAACGCAGGGCAAAGCACUGGAAAAUAUACAUCCAGUCAUAUCUGCAUGCGGGGAGCCUUCGUGUACACCGAAACGGACAACAAUGAUGUGCUUUACAUCUAUAGAUGUACUAAGUUGUACCUGCUCAACUCUCCAGCAGGUCCUCGUCCACCAUGGUCUAUUCCCAACCGCGCCUUCACAGCCUCGGAUGGCUGUGUCUGUUGACUUGCUUUCAUUCUACCGCGCGUUGUUUGAGCGCUCAUGUGACGCGAUUAACGCACUCACAUCAGUGCUCAAAAAUCACUAUUCCCGGCGGGGUUACCAGAUGACUGAUGCCCAGGGUGAAGUUAUACAGGACCCCUUCCGCCGAGGCCUCGGCUAUGCCGUCCAAUGGUAUGACAUCCUGCAAGUUGAAGUUGAGCGCCAAGUUGAGAUGGUCGUUCAACAACAUUGUGAUCAUAUAGCGAAGUUUCAAGUGUCCUCUCGAGUCCCAAAUUCGCCUUUGCUCACUCAAUGCGCACCCCUUCUAGUGCAACGGUGUCCUGCUUGCUUUGCAGGUAUACUCCAUGGUAGAUCCACAGAUGAAGGAGGUGACAUCCACGUUGCAAUGGACGACUGUCCAAAUUUCUAUGACCCUACCUAUUUUCUCCCCAAAAGCUUUGUUGACGCAAUUGGGCACCAUAUCGACACUCAACGUAAGCGACCCGUGAAGUCUCACGUGCCCCUCAUCCCCAACAAAGCCGUUGACCAAUGCGAGAAUGCUUACGAGGCUGCUGAUGGCAAAAAACAGAAAGCCGCUAUGGAUAGCUUUGAUGACACUGCAAUCAUGGCCCUUAUCUGUCGUCAUGACAUCCCAUUAUUUUUUGCCAAUAUAGACUCACCUGGAGAACAGCAGAAGUAUUCAGUAGCUUUACUUCACCACUUCUUUUCAUUUCUUCCACCUGAAGCUACUGUCGUAGCCCUUUACGAUAUCGGCUGUGUUUUGGCACAAACACUCUCCAAGUAUGACAUUCUUCCCAUAAGUAUCACCUCACACCUUCGAUUUGCAACCACUGCAAUGCACACAUAUGGGCACGAGUGGGCUUGCCAGCUCGUAUAUAAUCCACGAAUAUGUGUGGGUCUUGGCUUAUCUGAUGGCGAAGGGACCGAACGCCUUUGGUCUCACUUAGUUCGAUUGAUAGGUGUUGAGCACACUUCUAGUCGCCAAUGCCGUUUAUGGCUAAUCGAUCGGCAAGCAGUGGCUAUAGCUUCAGAGAUACGGGGCAUCAAGGAGCAAGGUUCGGCAGCCCAAGACGUGCUAGAUCGAUGUGGGGUCCCCAUUGAAGAAUUGCAGUCUGAGUGGUUGCAGCAAAGGCAUUCUCAGUUAUCUAUCCAUGCUCAUGCACCCACCCGCCUCAAGAAGGAGUUGAACACUGUCCUAGCUCUCCAGGCAGAUCUGGACACCUCAGACAAAGCAUUGCAAACCGCCAGGACGAUGUUGGAGAAAGAUAUGGCUUCAGAUGAUACUCUAGAGGCUCUCGAAAGUCUAGAGAGGGGACACGAUUGCCUGAUGAACAAGGUCGAGGCUCUUUACUCUUCAUUGAACGUUCAUGACAGGUUCCCUGAGCUUCAUGGCAUCAAUCUCAAAUUUGUUCGCAUCCUUCUAAUGGCACGCGAUCUCAAAAUGAAUGUUCGUAAACGUGUGAUUGUAAGUUUCUUUGAGUGGGAUAAACUUGAUCAAGCAGUAGGUGGCGUCCAGCAAGCGUUAGGCACCAAGCUGCAUCAACAGACACGUAAAGCAAUUUCAAAGCGUCAGCCUGCACUAAUGACCGCUAUCAGGAGAUUCAACUCCUACUGCGAGCGGCUCGAUUCAUUGUAUGAUACAUCCUGGGGGAUUCCACUGCCCGCACCCCUUCCCACCAAACUUGUGGAACUACGUUCCGACCCAGGACUGAUGGAGGAUGUAUGGAUUACGCCAUCUCUUGGAGAGGUUCCGCGAUGGUUAGAUGACACAUCCAUAAGAGACGGUAUUCGUGCACUGCUCAAGCAUGACCAGUGUCGAGAGGAGCAGGUUCAGCUGGGCAUUGAGGCCGAUAACCUGUGCCGCUUCUUUGGAAAUGAGUUGGCAGCGCUUGAACUUGCCCUUCGGUCGCCGAAGAGUGAGUUAAUUUUCUUCUCAACUUCCAUUUCUCACCCAUCCUUAGCUUCUUCAGUAUGGUUCACUAACGAAGUCAGCAAGACAGUGGCCAUUGUGACCACCCUCUCGGGAGGCUCACCAAACAUGAUGUUUCACUGGAUUAAUGCCAGCACGCUGGUAGUGCCUGAUUCUGAGGGUAGUGAUGAACUCCCUAUCGUUGAUCCUGACCAUUGCCCCCAAGUCGAUUCUGAACAAGCAGCACUUGCCGAUGUCCUGGAGGGUGAGAUGGGGGCAUUGGAGUUAGAUGACGAUGACUCAACAAAUUAUGGGCGCGAAGUUAAUGCCGUGAUUUGCUGGAACCUUCCUGAUAAUCUCCUUGUGGAUGACUUCUGUGUCCCAUCGCAAGAGCCAGACGUCCUUGACCCUGCUAAAAAUUUUGCAUGA